GUGUGUGGCUCACAGAGCAGACUGCUCUCGUGUCUUUAGCAGCCGUUUCCUCCGGUGUGUUGGAUCGGUUUCUCAGUGAUGGGGGUCCGUACCGGUCCGUGCCGUUUCCUGCUCCCUUGGCUGCUGCUGCUGCUGGUCUCGGCGGUCCCCCCUCUGAACGCCUGGGACGCGGACCUGGAGCUGCUGGACCUGGUGGAGGAGAUCCCGCAGACUUUCUACCAGUUCCUGAACCUGGACCAGGAGGCGUCCCCAGCAGAGAUAAAGAAGGCCUAUCGUCGUCUGUCUCUGAUUCUGCAUCCUGAUAAGAACAAAGAUGAAAAUGCUGAAACUCAGUUCAGACAGCUGGUGGCCAUUUAUGAAGUCCUGAAAGACGAGGAGAGACGACGCAGGUACGAUGACAUCCUGGUGAACGGGCUCCCUGAUUGGCGGCAGCCAGUCUUCUAUUACAGACGGGUGAGGAAGAUGAGCAACGCCGAGCUGGGCUUCCUUCUCUUCCUCAUCCUCACUGUGGGACACUACGCCGUCAUCUGGUCCAUCUACCUGGAGAAGCAGCUGGAUGAGCUGCUGAGUAAGAAGAAGAAGGAGAAGAAGAAGAAGCUGAGCUCCAGGCCUGCAGAGGAGCUCAGGUGUAUCGGUCAGGACCGGGCUGACAGAGUUCAGUACCGACCUCACUGGCAGGACAUCCUCCCUCUGAAGCUCAGCAUCUGGCUCUACCUGUCGGUCAAGAACCUGCCGCACACUGUCCAGGAGGUGAAGCAGUACUAUGAGGACUACCAGCAGAUGAAGCAGCAGCAGAGAGAAGAAGCUGAAGCUGAGCAUGAAGCUGCUACAAGAGAGAAGAGGACCAAGGUGAAGAAGCAGAAGGUGGAGUUUCCUGUUUAUGAGCCGUCCUCAGAGAGCAGCUCCCAGAGCUAUGUCCAGACCACGUCCAUCGAGGACAUCGAGGACCAGAUGGACGACUGGCUGCAGGACAGGAGGGCUGCCAGGAGGAAGGCUGCUGAUUGGACGGAGGAGGAGCUCAGCCUCCUCAGCAGGUUGAUGGUUAAAUUCCCAGGAGGAGCUCCGGGCCGAUGGGAGAAGAUCGCUCAUGAACUGGGCCGAUCGGUGGCCGACGUGACCACCAAAGUCAAACAGGUGAAGGACAACGUGAGCCACAGCUCAGGUCUGGUGAAGCUGUCAGAGCUGAAAGCCCCUCCCCCUGCUGUGGAUGACAGAGUGAUGACUCAGAGGGUAGGCGGGGCCUGUGAGGAGGAACAGGAGGACGAGGAGGUUCCGGUGGUCCGGAGGAGGAACAGGAAGUGUUCCGCGGUGACAGACGGAGGGGAGGUGAAAGUCAGAGGUCGUCGGCAGAGAGACUUUGACCCGACGGCGGCGGAGGACGAGGAGGUGGAGCCUCAGGCGAACAGAGAGAAGGUGGACUCUGCUGUUUGGACUCAGAACCAGCAGAAACUGCUGGAACUUGCUCUGCAACAGUUUCCCCGAGGAACCGCAGAACGCUGGGAUCGCAUCGCCAAGGUGGUUCCAGGAAAGACAAAGGAGGAGUGUAUGAUCCGCUACAAGAUGUUGGCUGAACUUGUCCAGAAGAGGAAACAGGCAAAGAGCUGAUAGCAGGUGGUGACUGCUGACUCCGCCUCCUGACAGGUGAAGAAUCAAGUGACCUGCUGUGCUGCCUCCUGAUUGGACUGACUCACAGUGUGCGUCUUUACCUGCUCAGGUGUGACCUCCCAGCUCCUUGUGCCUUAUCUCCGUUCAGCAUGCUGCCGGUCACUGAGUGUUCACAGAUCAAUAAUCAGUAUUUAUUACCGUUUACAGCGCAGGAACACCAACAGCUGACAUGUUGGUGUUUUUGUUUUUUUGCAGAUGAAAUAAAAUCAGCUUUUAAAUAA